AUGGGCGCGCUUGAUCGGAAAGCUUUGCACGCUUCGUCGCUCAUUUUGUCGCGUGCGUGUGCCCAGUCUAUGGCCCUUGCUGCGUCCUCUGUCCGUGCGCAGUCGACGCUAAGCAAGGCAGAGCGUUUUGUGACGCCGGUCGAUUCGACGACGCUGCCGCGCGGUUAUCUCGUGGCCAGCACCUACGCCGGCGUCAAGAAGGCGAUCAGCCCAAAGCCGGCUGGCGAUGCACCUGCCUCGCCCCAAAACCCCAAGCCGGACAUUUCCUUGAUCGUCUCGAGCACGCCAGCUUCGGUCGCGGGUGUCUUUACCACGAACCGCUUCAAGGCGGCGCCGGUAGUGCAUGCUACGAAUGCGCUGCGGGCGAGCACCGAGGCGUUUGGCGACAAGCCGGGCCCCCGCACCUUGGCCGUGCUUGCGAAUAGCGGCUGUGCGAAUGCCGUCACGGGCCAGGGCGGCCUGGACGACACGCAGGAAUUGGUCGACCUGGUCCGUUCUCAGCUCAUGCCUGCGACCAAGACCCGAUCGCCCGCGGAUUCCGACGUGUUAAUGCUGUCUACGGGUGUGAUUGGCGUGCGCCUGCCGGUCGGCACUAUGAAGCGUGCGAUCCAGCACCUGGUGCAUGGCCAGGUGCUGCAGAGCAAUGCCGAUGCAUGGAUGGAAGUGGCCAAAGCGUACAUGACCACGGAUACCUUCCCCAAGCUGCGUACGCGCCAGUUUACGCUUGGAAACCGCAAGUGCAGUCUUGUGGGUAUUGACAAGGGUGCGGGCAUGAUCCAUCCCCACAUGACCUCGCCUGAAGGGCUGCAUGCGACGUUGCUCGGUAUUCUUGCCACGGAUGCGCCGAUCGCGCCGAGUGCGCUCCAAGAGUGCCUGCAAGAGGCCGUGCGUGUCUCGUUCAACUGCAUCAGCGUCGAUGGCGACAUGAGCACGAACGACACCAUCCUCGCACUGGCCAACGGCCAGGCCCCGGAGGUGGACAAUGGCGCGUCCGUGAUCCCUGCCGGCACAGAGAUCACCGCGUCGUCUCAUCCCGAGGAGCUCGACGCCUUCCGCAAAGAGCUGGCGGCGCUUUGCCUGGAGCUUGCGCACCUGAUUGUGCGCGAUGGCGAAGGUGCCGAAAAGUUUGUGCAAGUGCGCGUCAAAGGUGCGGCGACCUACGCCGAUGCGCACGCGAUUGCCUCGUCGAUCAGCACCUCUGCGCUGGUCAAGUGCGCGAUGCACGGUGAGGAUGCCAACUGGGGCCGUAUUCUGUGUGCGGCCGGCUACGCUGCUCUUCCGCCUUCGGACUGGGCCGUGGAUCCGAGCAAGGUGAACGUGUCAUUUGUGCCGCCGGCCGGUGUGAAUGCUGCGUCGAUUCACACGCUGGUCAACGGCACGCCUCAGACGGUGGAUGAGGCGCUGGUGGCAGACUUGCUUGCGCACGAAGACAUCUGCAUUGAUGUCGACCUACAGGGCGGCUCGUGGACCCCCGAGCGCGCCGAGGCCGAGGCCGUGUACUGGACGUGUGAUUUUAGCAAAGAGUACAUCACGAUCAACGGCGACUACCGCACAUAG